CCGAUCCAUCGAUCGAUCGGUAUCUCCCCUGUACGUACGUACAUGUGCGUAUGUACGUAUGUAUCGAUCUGUGUGGGUGGGUGUGAACCCUCCCUCCCGUCCCACCUCUCCCUCCCCCGCUGUCUGGCUGUCUGGCUGUCUGUCUGUCGUCAUCCGUACCAUGUGUGUGUACGUCACGUCUGUCUGUCUGUACGCUUAGUGUCUUCGCGUCUCUACGCGUGUCGUGUUCCCCGUACGUCUGACCCCAAACAAACAGAAAAACAAAGUAAGUGAGUGAGCCUGAGGCGCCCAUGCCUCCCUCGUACGGUGUGCCCUGCCCCACUGACAUGGUUGGUGUCAUUGACUGACUGCGUGUGCUGGUAUUAUUAUUUGUAUGCAUGUGCCGUGCCAUGGGUGCCUCGGACAGACGGAGAGACAGACAGACAGACGGAUGGCCAGUCAGUCAGUCAGCUGAGAUUUAAGGACUCCUCUUCACCUACCUACACACAGUCACACACUCACUCUCUCACAGGUGUGGCCAGCCACGCAGAGAGACGGCCGGCCAGGACACAAGCACCGCCACAUCAAGCCUUCAAAUCGAUCUUGCUGAUGAAAUAACUUUAGGGUUUAGGGUUUAGGGCACGCCGGCCGACGUGCAGGCCGCCAAGGACAUGCUGGCCAACUGGCAGGGGGGGCUGGGGGGGCAGCUCGCGGGGGUGCAUCGGUGCGGCGUGCAAGAGCCCAACACGCCGCCCCAGCGGCCGCCGAGUGAGUACUUUGUGCUGUGCCUAGCGCCCUUCAUUGUAGUGACCGUCACCGACACAACAGCCCACGACGGAUUCGACGCUGAGGUGCGGACAGUACUCACUCAGUGAUCUGUCUGAUGCUUGAUUGGGUGGUUCCCUCCCUCCCUCCCUCCCUCCCUGGUCUGUUUGUCUGUGUUGGCUGUGCUGGGUCUAUCAUUUCAUUGAUUCAGGUUCGCAUGGUGGGCGAGGACGUGUCGCGGUGCCGGGUGGGCUCUCUGGCUGACCUCAACCGUGUGCUGGACGGCCAGCACUCGGACAAGUACGCCGAGUACAUCCGCCGCAUCCGGCAGGCGGCCGCCCUGCCCGGCCUCACCGUCACCGUCACGACCAACCACAAAUACCUCAACAUGAACCUCCACUAGGUACGUACGUACAGGCAGGGGCCGAUAGAUUAAUUAGACCAUUACUGACAGUACAUAAUGCGGUCUGUGUGGUGUGCGUGUGUGUGUGGUCUGCCUGCCUGCCUGCAGUCGUGCACCUGACCUGCUGGAGUGACUGAGUGAGUUCAUCUGUCUGUCGGUCGGUCGGUCGGAGGGAGGGAGGGAGGGACCGAGGGGCUGCAGGCAGCGGAGAGGUUGCAAGCUUGGGGCGGGCAAUGGAUGGUGCCUCUGGCAUGCAUAUAUGUGUAGCUAGGGUGGGUGGUGGUUGCCCUGCCCCUUUUGCAAACAACGUGACUGACUGAGUGAGUGAGUGAGGAAGGUCGAUCGAUCGACCGCUGUGGAUAGCCGAGCCGGCCAGCUGGUUGGACGGACGGACGGACGGACGGACGGACACAUCUAUCUCUGUGCAUACCUCCAUGUAAUGUUCACGUGUGUGUGUGCGUGUGGCGUGAGCUGUGCGUGUUGGUGGGUUGGAACGCUCAUACACAAAUACGGACGGAUCCAGAAAAUGACUUCCGUCAGUGCAGUUCUGCAUCUCUUUCUC